CAGUGGAGACUGGAGAGUGUCACACGUCCAACGGACUGAGACAGAGGUUGGGCCCACAUCACAAAGUUGAAUAUAAAGGCUGGCGCGCAUCAUAGCAUAACAAUACUACAAUCUACACUACACACUUCGCUGAACAGAUACUAGUUUUUGGGUUUCUUCCUCAGAUCCAGUGAACGAUGGCCACGCCGGACGCCGUCGCAGCCUUCAUGCGCAUCACCGGAGCACCGGAGUUCGUCGCCGUCCGGAAAUUAGAGGAAUACGGAGGCAAUUUAAAUGAAGCUAUCAAUGCCCAUUUUCUUGAGGUGGAUAGGCACAUAUUAUCAGGUCAAGGGCAAAAUUUUGCUGCUGCCCCACAAUAUGAUAACUUUGGUGCAAGUAGUCAAAACCGUGGUGGUGGAUCAAAUGGAAUUUUACCUUUUCUCAAUGCUGCUAGAAGAUUUCGACCUUCACUAUUACUUGAUCCAAAUUAUAGGAAAGAACUUAGAGAUCUAUAUAAUGGGAUUGGUGGUUCUACUUCAUUCACGAGUCGCCCACCACCUCUUACUUCCCAUCCAGCGGAGGUGACGGAAGUUCCUGCAGGGAUCAAUAGUGCAUUCAAUCCACAAUAUCAAUCAGGAUUAAGCACUACAGGUGCAGAUAUGACUGGUCAUUUAUCAUCUCACGGUUUAGGAGUUCGUGGGACAGAUGGUUAUCAGAACCAAUACCCUUUAGCUCAGUCAAACGCCUCACAUGUUCCUGAUAGUGAAAUAGAGGAAGCAAUGCUUCAAGCAGCGAUAGAGGCCUCAAAAACAGAGAGGAGAGGAGGUUCUUUAUGGGAGCAAAUUGAUGUUCUUAAUGAUUCAUCUGAUGGUGGGCAUCCUCAAGGUCAUUUUCAGCAAGAAGAUGAUGAUUUGGUUCAUGCACUUUCGUUGUCCUUAGAGACAGCAGAGCACGAGAAAGCAAAGCGUGACCUUCUAGUAGCAGAGGAAAAGGAAGGGCUUGGAGUUCAUAAUUUACUAGACAAGGGAAAGAAAACCAGCACUAACAGAAGCCAAAUAGAGUGGGGUGGUAUUUCUUCUGAAGAGCUUAAUGAAGCUUUGUUAGCUGAAACUGCACUUUUUGGUGAAAUUUCCAAUCACAGUUCUCAAAAUUUUUCAUCCUUGCCUAAUCUGCAACAUCAUCCAGAACAAAAUGUGGAUCCCAAGACGCAAUGCCUGUCCACUUCCAUGUCACAAUUAUUAAAUGACUCUCGCUUGCUGAAACAACAACAGGAUGCUGAAUAUCUAGAGUCACUACGAGCUGAUAAACAAAAGGAAUUGAAUUCUCUCAAUAAAACUGAAAGCCAUUCCUCAAAGGAAGAAGAGUCAUGCAAAAAAAUGCUUGAAGAAAAGGGAUUGGGGAAAAUGCUUGACAAGAAAGAAGUUGGGCUUCCCAAAGAACCGCCGUUAUCUGAUGAAGUAAUUACUAUCGUUGUUCGGAUGCCAGAUGGUGGUCGUUGUGAACGUCGCUUUCUCAAAACUGACAAACUAGAGCUUCUUUUUGAUUUCAUAGACAUUUGUGGAGCACAGAAGCCUGAAACCUAUAGACUUGUAAAGUCAUACCCGCGUCGUGCCUACAGUAUUAACGAUUGCUCAUCAACCUUCAAUGAAGUAGGCCUUAGCAAAAACAAUGAAGCUUUGUUUCUGGAGUUGAUUUAGUUUCAUCUAUUUUCCUUGAAGUAUCUUGAUCUUUUUUAUUUUUCUGACUUUGUAGUAUCUUGAUAUGUACAAUAUAUAGAUUUGGACCCCAAAAAAACUUUUGAGACGGUUGAUAAAAAAGAAAAAAGAAAAGUGGACGAAUGAUAUUCAUUGAAGACAAUAGAGGGCAUCUUUUUGUCAAAAGAUCUUAUUACUUGUCAAGUAUUAUAUUUUGAAAUGAAAGAAUUGGCUAUUAGACAAACAUA